GGACAGGGACAGGUACGUCGCUACACACUACUACAUGCGCAGCCGGCGGGCGCGGAGCCGUGGCCGGGACAGGGACAGGGGGCGCAGUACCCGCCGCAGCCGGCGCCAUACUCCGCGCCGACCGAGGAGGCUCCCGACUACGCCGCGCAAUACUACGCUCAGCAACCACAACUCGCCCACCAAACACAGCUCGCCCACCAAACACAGCUCGACCAACAACAACAACAGCUCGGCCAGCAUCAACACCUUAGCCAGCAACAACAGCUCGGCCAGCAACAACAGCUCGGCCAACAACAACAGCUCGAGCUGCAACAAGAGCCGCUACAGCAGCAGCCGGCGGCAGAGGAGCAGGCGCAGUACGCGCAGUACGAGGACUGGGGCCGCGCCCCCGAGCCGGGCCCCUACGCAGACCCCUACUGGCAGCCCGACUCCUACUCCUAUGGAGAGGGCGAGGCGCCGCAGAUCAGUAUGCCGGGCUCCCGCCGCGCAGACUCGGCCGCGCACGACGAGGAGCCCGACACGGAGCCUGCGAAGACUCCGAGCAACAAGAAGCAGGAGGACAAGCCCAAGGCGGAGGGCGGCAAGGACGGGAAGGCCAGCAAGGGCGGCUGGCUGGGCGGCAUCCUCACCAAGCUGUCGCUGCGGCCGCCCAACCAGAUGAUCCUGCCCGACGACAAGAACCCCACCAUCGUGUGGGACGCGGAGACGAAGCGGUGGCGCAACCUGGACGGCGACAGCGAGGACAGCGCGCCGCCGCCGCCGCCGCCGCGCGACCCGCCGCGCGGCCAGCCGCCCGGCCCGCCGUCCGGCCCGCCGCCCGGCCCGCAGUCAGUACUCCUCCCUCGCACUAUGACAUACUGCUCCUUGACUCGAACGACUCGACGCUCGAGUGAAGUCGCGUCUGUUUAUAGUGGACAGCGACACUCGAUGAGCACGUCUCCUCCUCCGCCCGCCGCCGGCGCUCCGCCCUCCGUUCCCGUCUCUAACAUAUUCAAAAUGCAGAAAGGAAGACACAUCAAGAAGUCGUACGUGGACGUGCUGAACCCCGGCGGCGCGGCCCCCGGGGCGGGCCCCGCGCCGGCCCCCGCCGUGCUGGGCCCCAGCGUGCCGCUGCAGCCGCCGCCCAGCUACUUCGUGCCCGCGCCACUGCCGCAGAGCGGUGUGUACGAGGCGCCCGCGGCGGAGGCCGAGCGCGACCCGUACGAGCACUCCGGCAUCUAGCGCCCCUACUGACGACUGUACAGCCCUACAGACACUCCGGCCUUCUUCAGUACUCUUUUCUAAUUAUUUCUGAUUCUCGCUCUGUAUACUCAAUUGUUAAGAAAAUAUUUUUAUUUUAAAUUAUGUUAUGGUUAUGAACUGAUGGUAUUUUGAUUUGACGCAAUAUUUUAUAAAUUAAUUAUGUAGAUGCACUUUUCUUAUUAUUUCUAUCGCUUUGUUGUCAAUUUAUUUUCCUUUAGUCAUAGCUAGAUUUAGGUGUCGGUACCGUGUACUGUAGCGAGUGGGUCAGUGUCCACUGCAUAGCGUGUAUAGCGUGCGACUAGUGGGGAGGGGGGAGGGGGGGCGCAUGUAUAAAACAAUAAAUGCCUUAGUAAGACAAGGAUACGCGUCAUUUGUAUAAAAGCACAGUGUCGGUUUAUAUGUAUAUUGGAAUGAAGACAGACGGGGACGCGUCUGCUUAACAUUGUAUUAUAAUUAUAGUAAUUCAAAACAUAUGGAAAAUAUUUAAUAAAAUGUUUAUGUUAUGCUUA